GGAAUGAAAAAAUAGGGAAAGUGAAAAAUUUUCGUUCAACUUCGUUCACCCUUUUUUAUUCAAUACAAUCAUUUCUCUCUUCCACCUCUUCAACUCUGUUCGACCUUUUUUUUGUGUCAUUAUAUUUCUCAAUUUUUAAUGACUUUUCUUUUCCAUAUGAAUCUUUUUACUUUUAUACAACAAAUCUUUUGGGUUGAAGAAAGAAAAAUCGUAGACCAAAGGAUUAGAUAUGAGAGAAUUUUGAUUUUUUUUUUUCAUUUUUCAUAUUCUUUUCUUUCCUUUUUUUGCUCCGCCUUGGCUCGCAACGUUCCUCUUCUCUCUCCCUUUCUUCACUCUUCAUGUUUUCAUUUUAUUUUUUGUUGGUUUGAAUUAAUUUUGAGGGAAUUUGAUUUGGUUUUUUAGGCGUUGAGUAAGAUAGCGUGUAAUCGGCGCAGAAAGAGCUGGUGGAGUGGUAGGUCAACCCUCAUUCCAGUUUUAAACACAAAGUCAUCGAUAAUCUUCAAGAGUUGUUCAUUGAUUCGUAAAAUUUUCUCUUUUUUUUAUAUCUUCGCCUUUCCGUUAUUGAUUUCUUUUAAAUGGUACCUUUUUUUAUUGUAUUGAAAAAAAUCAGGUAGAUAAUCGAAGAAAAUGGAGUUCCGGGAACUUUAUACGCCAAUGAAACCUAUCAGCAUCAAGAGGAUUUCCCUGAAUAUUACCCUAUGGAAGCCCCUGGUUUAGUUUUUAUUCAAAAACCACCUUCAGCAUACCCAAAAAGCUUCCAUAGUCACACUUCUCCACUACUAAAGCCUCUCAUCUUGAAAUGCAACAGUACCUCAGCAGAGUAAGAAUCAAGGCUUGAACAAUGCCUUUUUAUGGUAUUGAUAGCUAAUGCUUUGUUUUAUCAGUUAAAUUCAUUGCAUAGAAUGCUUACUGGUUAAAGUUUGGUUGUCUUAUAUUAGUUCAUUUUAGUUGAUUUAUAAAGUUUAGUUUUGUAUAUUGCGGAUUAUUCUAAUAAAGUUCAUAAAAUAAAAUAACGUCAGUUUAAAUAUUGAGAUAAAAUAGAUCAAGGUUAUUAGAAUCUUAUUUGCAAUGUAAUUUCUUAAUCUUGCUAUCUAUGGCAACUUAAUGUUUGCACAAAAUAAUUUGUAAAAUGUAUAAUUUAUCAACUUUUUUGAAUGUUCAAGGUCGAUAUGAGAAUUUAUAUAUAUCAAACCUUAGAUAUUCUUAUAUAUUUUAUAAAGACGGCUUAUUUUGUGCCUUCAAAUUUAUAAUUAAUUAAAUCUAUAAAAUUAAUGCUAAAACUGAACUUUUGUUGUCAAGAAGAUUAAUAAUCUUAUUACAUAUUAAUUCGUUCAACUUUUUAGAUUUUAUUGUAUUGUUUAUAUAUAUAUAUAUAUAUAUAUAUAUAUAUAGUCAUUAUCGUCAUCAACAUGAUUUUGCUAAUCUCAUGCAUGGCUAAAGAUUAAAUCUUGAGUUUACUGUUUAAACAAGAAAAAUGUACCUGCAGUGGCACAAUGCUAGUCUAUAAUUAAAAAGACAGGCCUUAUUUUUUUGAAAUCUAUAAUUAAACCGACCUAUAAGCACAAUCCUAGUCCUAGUAUUGUUUGGAGUUUUAAUGUAUAUAAAGAUAUAGAAAGAGAGCUAAAGGUUUUGCUCCAGAGAAUAUUUGAGAAAACAAGAAAUAGAAAAAAGUUAGGCGUUCUGAUUCUGUUAAUGAUCCAUGGAUUCUCGUGUAUGGUACUGUUUCGAAACAUGGGAAGGUGGUGGAAAGUACUUUUUGGAAAUAUGGGAAGGUGAACUUGUGGAUGAUCAAAUCCCAGAUGACUACGAAGGUGAAUUUAUUGAUGACAAUUGUUAUAAGGGUCAAUUUCGUUGUUGCCGUGGUUUGAUCGAUCGCCAGGAACCUGAUUCCAUCAAGUUGGCUGCACUAUUCGAGCAAAAACUGCUCCACCAGUCCUCCUCUUACACACCGUGUGGGCAGGAAGUCCCCGAAUUGGUCAUGGUCGAGAUUAAGUGUAACAUCGUCAACUUUACCGAGGCUUUGCUGAGAGAUGAACGCAACAUGAAUCGAAGAAAGUUCCUGAUUGUUGCGAAGUUUGGAGCAUUUAUGACAACGAGAUAUAACGAUGAUGAUGGUGAGCUAGAGGAGGAGAAGGAGGAGGAGAAUAUAGUCGGAACAUUAGUUAUAACAAGAUAUAAUGAUUCUGUUGAUGAUGAUGAUGAUGAUGAUGAUAUUGAGUUCGAGGAGGAGGAUGAGGAUAUGGAUGGAGACAUAUCAACGGAAGUUAACGAUCAAAUCGGGUUUGUUCCAGCUAGUGAGGCAAGCAUUGAAGCGUUGCAGAAUGUUUCUGGUUUGGACAACAACAGUGAAUGUGUUAUUUGCCUUGGAAGGAUAAAGGGGGAGGAAUUAGCUAAAAGCGUGCCAUGCGGUCAUGUAUACCAUGGAGACUGCAUUGUUCAAUGGCUGGAGACGAGUCAAUUGUGUCCAUUAUGUCGCUAUGCCAUGCCAAUUGAUGAAUCCCAUUAAUUCCCAUAUUGUUUUUUAUUUUUGCCAUGUAUGCUCUUAUAUUUCAU